GACGAAGCAUACACACUAUCAGACACACUGAUGCAAUGUUUUGGUGCAACUAAUACGUACAUAUAUAUAUAUAUAUAUAUAUGAUAAGGUUGCACUCACCUAGUUGCAGGGGCUUGUAGCUAACUGGAACAGAAAUCCUUCUCCAUUGUCACAGUGUCAGUGUGUUUUUGUUUGGCAGUAGCUGCUGCUGUGUGGCUGCAAGGUGGGCAAGAAGGAAGGAGAUGCAGAGGUACACGGACACGGGGAGGGAGAUAUGGGACAUGGAGGAGUGCCAGAGCCCGCGCAUGGGGAGCGUCAUCCUCGGCGUCGACGGCGGCGCCGGCAACACCGUCUGCGUCUGCAUCCCGGCGGCCAUGCCCUUCGCUGACCCGCUCCCCGUCCUCUCCCGCGCUGUCGCCGGCUGCUCCAAUCACAACUCCGUUGGAGAAGGCAGGGCAAGGGAGACUCUGGAAAGAGUGAUGGCGCAAGCUCUUCUGAAGGCACGCCGAAGGCGAUCAAAUGUCUGUGCUGUCUGCUUAGCUGUGGCGGGUGUGAAUCACCCAGUCGAUCAACAAAGGAUGCUGGACUGGCUGAGGGAGAUAUUCCCAAGCCAUGUCAAGCUGUUUGUGGAGAACGAUGCCGUGGCAGCAUUAGCAAGUGGAACCAUGGGAAAGCUCCAUGGAUGUGUGCUGAUUGCAGGAACUGGGACUAUAGCAUAUGGUUUCACCAGAGAUGGGAGAGAAGCUCGAGCAGCAGGUGCAGGGCCAGUUCUGGGUGAUUGGGGCAGUGCAUAUGGGAUUUCGGCACAGGCAUUGACGGCAGUAGUGAGGGCUUAUGAUGGAAGGGGUCCUGAGACAGUUCUUACAAACAACAUCCUUGACUUCCUUGGACUUGCAUCACCAGAUGAACUGAUAGGAUGGACAUAUGAAGACCAAUCGUGGGCUCGAAUAGCUGACCUUCUUCCGGUUGUGGUAGAAUCUGCUGAAGCUGGUGAUGAAGUAGCAAACAAAAUAUUACACAAUUCAGUUGGCGAACUAGCUUCUAGUGUCAAGGCAGUAGUGCAAAGACUUGAAUUGAGUGGUGAAGAUGGAAAAGACCCUUUUCCGCUUGUUAUGGUUGGUAAAGUUCUCAUGGCAAACAAGAGAUGGGACAUUGGGAAGGAAGUGAUAGAUUGUGUCACCAAAACUUAUCCAGGAGCCUAUCCAAUACACCCCAAGGUGGAACCAGCUGUUGGUGCAGCAUUGUUGGCAUGGAAUGCUGUAGCAAGCGAAUUAGAUGGCAGUCCUAGGACUGUUGCCUAGAAUCCGAUCCCAUAUCAUAUUCUUGUACAUUAGUGUUUUGCAUUUGUUGCACUAAGUUGCUUUGAAUAUGUUGUAAUUGGUUCAAGAAACAUCAGUAUGAGAAAGAUAAAGAAACUAGUUCAACC